CAAGAUGGCCGAGUUGGUCUAAGGCGCCAGUUUCAGGUACUGGUCCGAAAGGGCGUGGGUUCAAAUUCCACUCUUGACAUUUAUUAUUAUGUUUUCUGGUUUUAUUUUUCUUUUAUCCCUAGUCGCUACCCUGCUUUACUUUACUGUUGAGCUGAUCCCUAACUUUUUCCUAUUGGCGCAUUUGCUCAUAAAUCUCUCGUCGGACUCCUCUCUUCUCUCCUCCUCGCUUCAUCGCCGACUCAGGUAAAGAUGGGUGUUUCAUCUGAUGAAGAGUCCGAGAUCAGCGAGUCAGAGAUCGACGACUACUCCGAAACGCCUUACCUGCUCCUCCAGAACGGGAAGUACAAGGUUAAGGUGAACGGGACGCUGAGAUGCCCCUUUUGCUCAAACAAGAAAAAGCAAGACUACAAAUACAAGGAGCUCAUGGCGCAUGCCUCCGGAGUCUCCAAAGGAUCCGCAAGCAGAAGCGCUAAACAGAAGGCUAACCAUCUCGCAUUGGCAAGGUACUUACAGAACGAGCUCGCUGGUGAUGCUGAGCCGCUUCCACGACCUCCUCCUGUUCCUCCUCAGUUGAACGAGUCAGAAGCCAAACCGGGUGAGGUUUACGUCUGGCCGUGGAUGGGGAUUAUCGUUAGCCCUUUGAAAGAGACUGAUGACAAGGAGGCUCUUCUUGAUUCGGCUUGUUGGUUGAAGGAGCUUUCUAGGUUCAAGCCUGUUGAGGUGCACGCCUUUUGGGUCGAGCAGGGUUUGAUUGUUGGGGUUGUUGCUAAGUUCAACAGCGACUGGAGCGGGUUUGCGAGCGCGACGGAGCUUGAGAAGGAGUUUGAGAGUAUAGGCUGCAGCAAAAAGGAGUGGGUGGAGAAGAGAGGAGGUGGUUCAGUGUCCAAAGCCUACGGUUGGUGUGCACGUGCAGAGGACUAUCACUCCGAAGGGCCGAUUGGUGAGUACCUCUCCAAGGAGGGGAAGCUGAGAACGGUUUCGGAUAUUUCUCAAGAAAAGGCGCAGGAUAGGAACAGCGUUCUUGAACAGCUUUCGGAUAUCAUUGCUAUGACGAAUGAAGAUCUGAACAAGGUUCAGUACAGUUACAACAAGACGGCGAUGUCGCUGAAGAGGGUGCUUGACGAGAAGAAAACCUUGCACGAGGCUUAUGCUAAUGAAACGAAGAAGAUGCAGCAGAUGUCGAUUCUCAGCAUCCAGAAGAUCCUUAACGAUAAAGAGAGGCUAAGCAAUGAACUGGAGAAGAAGAUGCAGAAACUUUCGGAGUGGUCCAAGGCGUUGGACAAAAAGGAAGCACUAACUGAAUUGGAGAGACAAAAGCUUGAUGAAGAGAAGAAAAAGAAUGAUGCUAUGAACAUUUCCCUCCAGUUAGCCUCCCAUGAGCAGAAAAAGGCUGACGAGAGUGUUUUGAGACUUGUUGAAGAGCAUAAGAGGCAAAAAGAAGAGGCUUUGAGCAAGAUCCUUCAGCUUGAGACGCAGCUAGACACCAAACAGACACUGGAAAUGGAGAUUCAAGAGCUGAAAGGCAAAUUACAAGUGAUGAAGCAUUUGGGGGAUGAUGAUGACGAGGCGGUCAAGCAGAAAAUGAAGGAGAUGAAUGAUGAGCUGGAGGAUAAGAAGUCUGAGUUAGAAGGGCUAGAGCAGAUGAACUCAGCACUGAUGACAAAAGAACGUCAAAGCAAUGAUGAGAUACAAGCAGCACGGAAAAAACUAAUUGCGGGUUUGACAGGAUUGUUGGGUGCCGAAACUGAUAUCGGGGUCAAGAGGAUGGGAGAACUUGAUGAGAAGCCGUUCCUAAAUGUUUGCAAGAAGAGAUUUUCGGAAGAUGAAGCUACGGUUGAAGCUGCCACCCUUUGCUCUACAUGGCAAGAGAACCUCAAGGAUUCGUCAUGGCAACCGUUCAGACGUGAAGGAACCGGGGACAAAGCAAAGGAAGUGGUAGACGAAGAUGAUGAGCAGCUUAAGAAGCUUAAAGGAGAGUGGGGAGAAGAGGUGCAUAAUGCUGUUAAAACAGCUCUCGAGGAGAUGAACGAGUACAAUGCAAGUGGUCGAUACACCACCUCAGAACUUUGGAACUUCAAAGUAGGAAGGAAAGCAACAUUGAAGGAAGUGAUUAAUUUCAUUUCAAACGACAUCAAAACUGUGAAACGCAAAAGAACCUGAAGGAUGAUGGAGGAAGUAGAAGUAAUGGUUAAGCUUUAUGUCUAUUAAAUAACUGAGAUUGAAGUGAUGUAAAAUAAAGGAGUUACUUAUUUACUCUCGGUAUCCCCAAGACUUGUAUCUUUGAAUAUUUUUCUUUGAAAGAUUUCGAACAGCCAAAUAAGCUAGUUUGUUUUUCAGAUUAAUGUUCUGUUUUAUGC